CACAGUGCCACCUUAACAUAAAACAAUUACAGAGGCAAACUGCUUUCCCAUCUUUUUCUGUACCAAAAGUAAUCUUUUGUUGUUAAAACAAAGCUGAAAAAAGCCACCAUCUCUCUUAUGCCACCGCUAAAAAAAGGUUUUAAGGGGGAAAAACAAGAACAAGAGUCCCUGUGUUGUUUUCAGUUUUGGCUUUUUUAAUGGGGAGUUCUGGUGAAGACCCUACCAAGGGCAUUAAUGGGUCAGUGGGCGGGUUGAUUUGGGUCCGCCAGAGAAAUGGGUCGUGGUGGCCCGGCAAGAUUCUUGGCCCAGAUGAGCUGCCUGAGGGCUCUGUGCCUUCACCAAGAUCAGGGACCCCUGUCAAGCUUCUCGGUAAAGAGGGUUCAAAUGUGGGAUGGUAUAAUCUCGAGAAAUCAAAGAGGGUGAAAGCAUUUCAUAACGAGGACCAUGAUAAAUGCAUCGAGAAAUUGAAGGCAUCCAAAAAUGCUAUAAAAGACGAAGCCAUUAUUCAUGUGCUCGAGCUUGAGCUCGAAAGUGCCCGUCCUGGCAAAAACCAUGCUGACCAUGAAUCGCCUUCAGCAUCUUAUCUGAGUGAAGAAAGUGAAGUUCCUGAUGAGAAUUCGAGUAGUUCAACGCAUGGUUCAGGUGAAGGCAGCAAGAAAUUUGACAAAUUGAGAGGUUUGGAUGACCCGAAAGAAGAUGUGUCGAGACAUACAAGUGGGCUCUGGGACUUGAGAAUGAACUUGCCAUUUUUGUCACUUAAGAGGAAAAGAUCCAAAGUUGGUAAUAAUCAAGAAUUCUCGAAAAAGAAAAACAAGAGACGCACUUUUACGGAAGUCUUGGAUAGUACUGCACUGGUGUCUGCUCAUGUUGCCGAAAAAAUGUCGAGCCCAAGUGGAGUUUCUUUGUUGGAAACCAAAGAAUCAAAAGAAAAAGACUUGGAUACCCUGAAAAACAAGCGGAAGGAAAAUGGGAUUUCUAGCAAGCUUCGUGGGAAUGAAUCUUUUGGCAGCUUGUUUGAUGUGUCUCUUGUUGCAGAAGAAAAGGGCUCCGCAGGCUUGCCCUCCACUACUCCCGACUCAUCGCACGAAGCACAACGUGCCGACAAAAACAGUCACAUCAAGAUCUCAUCUUCCCAAAUGAAACGAAACAACGAGUCAGCCCCAAAAGGCAAAUAUCCCGAGUGGCAGGCGAAAGGCAAGCGAAACUCCCGAUCAAAGAGACACUAUCCCAAAUACGAGCCAUCCAGUUUAUCCCCAAAAACGGGCCUGCAAAAUGUCCCUCUGGAGGUGAGGUCGGGCCCCGAGCGCCCGCAUAGCGUGCCUUAUGUCUCACUCGCGAGCAAGCUGACCGGGCGCCAGAUCGUGGGCCAUCCCAUCACAGUCGAGCUCCUCGGCAGACGGAGAAGUGGGCCCCACAACAAUGCUCGAUUAUCGAUUUGCUCAAAGAACGAGAAGAAAACCCGGAAGCUGUCCGCACUUACCAAGAAAGGGCCGGUGGGCAAGGUGAAGGGUCCUUCGGUAGCUUGUGUGCCGUUGAGUGUGGUUUUCAGCAGGAUCAAUGCAGAUCUAAGUGGGUCCCGUUGUCCGGUUUGAAAGGUGGUUCGGAAUUUUACAUCUUAG